AUGGGGACUGAGCCCGCAGAGCAGGUCUCCUGGGGCCCCUACUCUGGGGAGGAUGAUGAAGCGUACUCGUCUGAGCCGUUGCCGGAGCUCUGCUACAAGGCAGACGUCCAGGCCUUCAGCAGGGCCUUCCAACCCAGUGUCUCCCUGACGGUGGCUGCUCUGGGUCUGGCCGGUAACGGCCUGGUUCUGGCCACCCACCUGGCGGCCCGCCGCGCCACCCGCUCGCCCACCUCAGCCCACCUGCUCCAGCUGGCCCUGGCCGACCUCCUGCUGGCACUGACCCUGCCCUUUGCCGCAGCUGGGGCUCUGCAGGGCUGGAGCCUGGGCAGUGCCACCUGCCGCGCCAUCUCUGGCCUCUACUCAGCCUCCUUCCACGCGGGCUUCCUUUUCCUGGCCUGUAUCAGCGCCGACCGCUACGUGGCCAUCGCGCGGGCCCUCCCGGCACGGCCGCAGCCCUCAGCGCCAGGCCGAGCGCACUUAGUCUCGGCCGUCGUGUGGCUGCUGUCACUGCUCCUGGCUCUGCCCGCACUCCUCUUCAGCCGGGACGGGCAGCGAGAAGGCCAGCGGCGCUGCCGCCUCAUCUUCCCCGAGGGCCUCGCACAGACUGUGAAGGGGGCGAGCGCAGUGGCGCAGGUGUUCCUGGGCUUCGCACUGCCGCUGGGCGUCAUGGCGGCCUGCUACGCGCUCCUCGGCCGCACGCUGCUAGCCGCCAGGGGACCCGAGCGCCGGCGCGCGCUGCGCGUCGUGGUGGCCCUGGUGGCGGCCUUCGUGGUGCUGCAGCUGCCCUACAGCCUCGCCUUGCUGCUGGAUACCGCCGAUUUGUUGGCUGCCCGCGAGCGGAGCUGCCCAGCCAGCAAACGCAAGGAUCUAGCUCUACUGGUGACCGGCGGCUUAGCCCUCGCCCGCUGCGGUCUCAAUCCAGUGCUCUAUGCCUUUCUGGGGCUACGCUUCCGCCAGGACCUCCGGAGGCUGCUGCGGGGUGGGGGCUGCAGCCCAGGACCUCACCCCGGCGGCCGCUGCCCUCGCGGGCCCCGCCUGUCUUCCUGCUCCGCUCCCACUGAGACCCAUAGUCUGUCCUUCUAGGACAGCCAGAGCUGCGAAACUAGAGGAGGGGGAGGACCGGGAAACUAUUCCAGGGAGGGUAACAGAAAAGGGGGGCGUAGGUGGGAGAAUACUGAGAAAGAAGUAGGGACUUACAGGGAUCGCUUCUGUGCCUUGACACAUUAAAUUGAUAACAUGAAAAUGA